UUUUGUGCAUGAAAUCAACAUCGAUUUGUGUUAUAUUUCGCCAGCCUUUCACUUUUCUCAAAUUGCGUUUUAUUUGAAAGUUUUGAAGUAAAUGAAAAAGUAAAAUCCACACGACAGCAAAUACGACAAUCUUUAUUCUGCAAUAUCUCAAAUGUAUUGCUAAAUCAACAAAAUGGGAUUGGAUUUUGAUGUUUUGGAGUUUUGUAAAAAGUUGCGACAAAACAGGCCACCGCCCUAUCAGUGUCCACUGGAAAAGUGUGAUAAAGUUUAUAAAAGCCUAUGUGGAUUGCAAUACCAUCUUGUUAAUUACGACCAUGACAAUCCCACACCGGCAACACCUACCGUAGUUCGUAAUAUAUGUCGGAAAAAAGGCAGAGCCAGAGCUGCGGUUCCCACCGGUGAUAUAGCUCUUCAGAGCCCGCCGAAAGAGGCUUUAACUUUUGCUGAGGCACAAAAAGUUGUACAGUUUGAAAUUGACGGGAAAAUAAGUCGAAUACCGAUCGAUCAACCAUUGCCAAUUAUUUCUUUAGAGGAAUGGGAAAAGAAGAAUGCAGAGCUGGAAAAGCCACUUCCAGUCGUAGAACCACCUCUUGAACCUCAAGUUAAACUUCCUGAAGCUAGUUUUCGGUUAAUACCAGAUUACAAUGAGAGAGUUUGUGAUGCUCAACCCAGACCAAAUGCCUACAUACGCUUCAUUGAGAAAUCAGCUGAAGAAUUGGAUGGAGAAGUUGAAUAUGAUGUGGAUGAAGAGGACACAGCCUGGUUGGCUCUUAUCAACAAGAGUAGAGCUAAACAAGGACUGCCACCAGUUUCUGUUGACACUCUGGAACUGCUUAUGGAUAGGCUUGAGAAGGAAUCUUACUUUCAGGCAACUCAAAGCGGCCAGCAGACCGCAGCCACAGUGGAUGAGGAUGCAGUGUGUUGCAUUUGUAUGGAUGGAGAGUGUCAGAACACAAAUGUUAUACUGUUCUGUGAUAUGUGCAAUCUUGCUGUGCAUCAGGAUUGCUAUGGGGUACCAUACAUACCGGAGGGUCAAUGGUUGUGCAGGAGAUGUCUGCAGUCUCCAUCUCGGCUUGUUAACUGUGUAUUAUGUCCUAAUACUGGAGGUGCAUUUAAACAAACAGAUCAAGGCACAUGGGCGCACGUAGUGUGCGCUCUCUGGAUACCUGAAGUGCGGUUUGCUAACACAGUCUUCUUAGAACCCAUUGAUUCAAUAGAGAUGAUCCCCGCGGCGCGGUGGAAGCUGCAGUGCAUGGUGUGCAAGCAGCGCGGCGCCGGCGCCUGCAUACAGUGCCAUAAGAGCAACUGCUACUCCGCAUUCCACGUCACAUGCGCGCAGCAGGCAGGGAGAUGUCUGCAGUCUCCAUCUCGGCUUGUUAACUGUGUAUUAUGUCCUAAUACUGGAGGUGCAUUUAAACAAACAGAUCAAGGCACAUGGGCGCACGUAGUGUGCGCUCUCUGGAUACCUGAAGUGCGGUUUGCUAACACAGUCUUCUUAGAACCCAUUGAUUCAAUAGAGAUGAUCCCCGCGGCGCGGUGGAAACUGCAGUGCAUGGUGUGCAAGCAGCGCGGCGCCGGCGCCUGCAUACAGUGCCAUAAGAGCAACUGCUACUCCGCAUUCCACGUCACAUGCGCGCAGCAGGCAGGUCUGUACAUGAAGAUGGAGGCGGCGGGCAGCGGGCGGGACCCCAGCCAGCCUGUGCAGGUCGCCAAGAUGGCGUAUUGCGAUGCGCACACGCCCCAGCACAUACUGCAGGAAAGACGUGCACAAGAUUCUGAAGGUGAUUCAAAGUCGACGGAUCUGUCCGCAAUCAGACAGAAAGGAAGGGAUAAAAUCAAACAGGCUCGUCGGGUGCUAGCUCGUGCUCGGAGUUGGGCUCCAGUAGUCCUGGUGCCAACUCUGCGUGCUGAACGUGUGGCAGAUGUAGCGGCGUUACUGCGAGGUCCAGCAGCAGCACGCGCCAGUCUCAUGAAGAGGUUGCUGGCUUACUGGACAUUGAAGAGACAUGCAAGGAAUGGAGUGCCCUUAUUGAGACGGCUGCAGAGUUUAGCAACUAAUCAUGGUACCCGAGGUAUACAAGAUGGCACAGUGAAUGUACGCGAGUUGUGCAACCAGCUCAAAUAUUGGCAACGUAUACGACAGGAUCUGGAGCGAGCGAGACUGCUGUGCGAGCUGGUGCGCAAGCGCGAACGUCUGAAGGCGGAGCACACGCGCGUGUGGGAGCGCUGCGUGAUGCACGCGCUGAGGCCCGCACGCGCCGCGCUGCACAAGCUGCUGCGUCUGCUCAGACUGCGGGACACCAGCGACGUCUUCACCGAGCCGGUCGAUCUUAAUGAGGUUCCAGACUACAGCACAGUAGUGAAGCAGCCGAUGGACUUGAGCACUAUGGGCAAGAAACUGGAGCGCGGCGCGUACCGCACCAUUGAUGAUGUAGAGACGGACUUCAACCUUAUGAUAGACAACUGUCUCACUUACAACAACAAGGAUACUGUCUUCUAUAAGGCAGGUAUAAAGAUGCGGGAGCAGUGCGUGCCCAUCUUCCGUCAGGCGAGACGUGACCUGAUUGAGGCGGGUCUGAGCGAGGUGGCGGGGCAGGGCGCCGCUGCGGACGCUGACGAGGCCCCGCCCCAAGUCGCCGAGACGCCGCCCCCGCCCGCAACCGCUCCGCCCUCCACCGCCUCAAUACAACGCAGCGCACGCGCACGCAGUAGAGCAAAGAGAUCUAGUAGUGAGAGUGAACAUACUGCAGAUACGAGAAGCGAGCGCGGCGUGUCUGUAGCACGAAGUGAACGACGCAUGUCUACACGCAGACUGUCUGAAGAUAACACGCGUGACGAGUCUCCGGCUGGUAAAGUGAACAGGAACUGGUGGCGUGGGCGGGGCAGGGGGCGUGGUCGGCGCGGACGCCGGGGGCGGGGCCGCGCUAGCCAAUCAGUGCCCAGACCAGCACAUGAUAAUGAGACGCCAACAUCUGAUUCCGAGACUCCGGUGUUGGCUAGGAAGAGCGUUGAGCGUAAAUUAGUAACACCGGACAAGUCGCCAGUCAAACAAAAUGAUGCUAGCCCAAGUGUCAGUAUGUUGAGCAAUGGUCUCAGAAAGCCGACAUUACUGUUAACUCCGUCUACGAUUGCAGCGCCGAAGAGUUUCGGUUCUGAUGCAUGUCUGCCGACCCUGUCAGCAAGUCUGGGCCGGUCCAGUGAGAGCAGUCCGCGCAAGAAGGGCCGCGGCAGACCUCGCAAACAUGACAAGGACAAAACAUCCUCCUCCGACUUGUUUAGGUCAGUUGGCGAGGGGGGCGUGGCCACCCCGGUGCCCGCCUCCUUCCUGCAGUACCGCGGUCCCCCGGGGGAGGUCGGCUCUGAUAGUGACCUCGCACUCUCCAGGUCCAGCAGCAGCAGCAGCGCGUGGUCUCAGUCGUGUUCCUCCUGCACACAUUAUGAUGAUGAUGAUCGUUCCUGUUCAUAUUCCUCCAGUGAUGGAUCUAGCUAUAACGAAGCUGUGGAGUCUGCACUAGAAGGCAGCGGCGGUGAGCGGAGACGUGCACGACGCGCACACGCAGACCCCGCGCCUCCCACACACAAGGGUCGUGGCACGAGGUCGUCCACAUCUAAGACUCCAGUGAAGGCAACACCAUCAACCACACAUUUGGAACCGUUGCAACUUGUGUGGGCUAAAUGCAGAGGUUACCCAUGGUAUCCAGCAUUAAUAAUAGAUCCUAAAAUACCAAAAGGAUUCAUUUACAAUGGUGUACCCUUACCUGUCCCACCACAAGAUGUGUUAAACCUCAAGAAAAACCAUUCUCAUGAACCAGUACUUUAUUUAGUUCUCUUCUUUGAUGUUAAACGAACAUGGCAAUGGCUGCCACCGAAUAAACUCGAAGUUCUAGGAGUAGAUAAAAGUUUAGACCAAGCUAAAUUGGUUGAAUCUCGGAAACCUACUGAAAGGAAAGCGGUUAAGAAGGCCUAUGGUGAUGCGAUGCAGUUCAGGAAGCAAGUUGAUGGUGAAGAUAAAUGACAAAGGUUCAGAUAUAGAUCCCGGAGACAUCACAAAGGGUUCAGUUUUGGUAAUUUCUCAACGAUGAGGAUUAGAACACCAGUGGACAGUACCGAUUCAAGUGACUAAAUAAUAGAAUCUAUUUUUUUUUCUACUAAUAAAAUGUAAUAUACUAGUAGGGGCUAGUUUGUCAUAUAAAGCAGGUCUUA